AUGAACGUGAACGAUGCAGCAUCGAUUGUUGGCGGUGCGCCGAGAUGGCACAACGACUGUGGCUGUCCUGCACCAUCACAUACAAAAACUGUAAUUUAUGAUUAUCAGCUGCUUCUUCAUCACCAAAUUGGAAGUAUCAUGGUGAAAGCUGAACGUGAUGGUAAGGAACCAAUGAACGAGCAAGCAGUCGCCAACAUCUAUGGUGCCAUGAGGGCUGAGAUCAACCAAAUUUACUCCAAAAUUACUGAACUCGAGAUGGAGGUUAGUGAGCAUUCACUCGUGAUCAAUGCCAUUAAACCUCUAGAUCCGUCAAGGCGGUGCUACCGGAUGAUUGGAGGUGUCCUCGUGGAGAGAACCAUUAAAGAAGUCUUGCCGGCUGUCCGGCGCAACAAGGAGGGUAUUGAAGAGGUAAUAACUCGACUUAACGAUGCUUUGGAGAAAAAGAAAAAGGAGGUCACCGAAUUUGAGUCCAAAUAUAAAAUUAGAAUUAAAAAAACUGAUGGUGAAAUGAAAGAUGAGAGUGGUAAGAAGGAAGGGAACGCACAGGGAGUCCUUGUUGGUCCUGCGAGUGGUAGUGAGUAG